GGAACGUCGUCGGAGGCAGGUGGAGAUAUAUUCGGGGGGGCCCGAUAUUUCCAGACUCGCGGGGCCGCCUCGUCUCAGAGUGUCGAGACCUCAUUCCGGACGGCGGACCUGCCGAAAGCGUGUCACAGACGUUCGUCGGCGCGAGGGAAGGUCGAGAGUGCGCUAAUCGUAAUCCGCGAUCUUCGACGCGUGCGUUCGAUCGAUUUCCGAGGAUCGUUGGAACAGGUGGAGAUACCCGCUGGUAUCCGAUUCCUCUUCCUCCUCCUUCUUCUCGUCUACCGCGACCCGCGAAACGGAGCUGGCUGGUGAUUUCGAUGCGCGGCGCGGCGAUAAUCGGUGGAUCGAGGGGGACCGCGAGGACAUCGCGACGGAUAUCGUUCCGCGGUGCUCGAGGCUCGUCGACGUCCGCGAUCUCUCACCUGGCCGAGGAAUAGGGGUGGAUCCAGGACCAGAUUCUGGAGGACCAGACGAGUCGAGCGAGCGAGAGAGAGCAAGAGAGAGAGGGAGACAUGCCUGGCAGUCACGGAACCAGUCAUCAAGACCGCUUGCGGACGAAGCGAGGAUUAUGAGGACGUCGUACGCAUCGAGAGCGAAACACUGCGCCGUGCGAGAUCGUAGCGAGCGGUGAUCGGGACGACGGAGUCGUCGCAGAGUGCGCGAACAGAGAACCUGGUGCUCCGACAGGCUGGUCAUCAUGUAUCGGCCCAACUUCUACGAGAGCACGUGUCUGAGAUGCGCUCAGACCGUCUACCAGGUGGACAGGGUGGGUCCCCUGAAGGACUUUACGUUCUUCCACGCGGGUUGCUUCAAGUGCGCGAUUUGCGGCACCAAGCUCACCCUGAAGACGUACUACAACAACCAGCACACGAUCAACGACAAGGAGGUGUACUGCAGCAGUCACGUGCCCAAACCGGGACCCGGGACCCUGGACGGGUCCAGCGUGGGCAUCAGGAGCGCCCUUAACGUGCCUAGAAGCGGUUACGUCAACGAGCAGAUCAGGGCAGGAGGUGCGUCGCCGCGCGGCGUCUACCCAUCUUGUUACGAUAAUGUAGACUCGCCUAAUUAUGCCAGGCACCUGAACGGGCACGGCUCGCCGCCGGCGACGAACGCGUCCCAACGCGACAGCAUCCACGGCACCGGCACCGGCACCGGCGGCGCAUCCUCGCCGUACAAUCACAAUUAUUCCGGGGAUGGCAGCUAUCAGUACGGCAGAUUCGACGCGAGCGCCCUUCACAUCGCCCACGCGCUCAAGCAGACCGAGCUGCAGAAGGGCUACAGCAAGGCCCGCGAGAAGCCCAUCGAUUAUUAUCUGGAUCGCGAUGAGCAGACGCGUCUCGAGAUGAAGCAUCGGAAAGAAGAGGAUGAUUUAUACCGAAAGUUUGCCCACCAUCGCGAGGAAGAAGACAGACGAAUUCGCGAGGAAUUCCGAGACGAGUGGGAGAAGGAGCUGGAACAAUUGUCGGCGAGAUGGGAACGGGAAAAAGGCGGAAGAGUUCGAACCCAACAAUUUCAGCAGGAGAAGGAAGACUUGGAGAAGAACAUGACUUUACGCAGGGACAAGAAGAAGGAAAGUCUCACGCGCAAGAUGUUGGAGCACGAACGAGCGGCGACCGCCGCGCUGGUGGAGAAGCAGAGCUCGGAGAUGCUGGAGCUGAUCAAUGAGGCGAGAAGCGAGUACAUGCUCCAGGAGAGUUUAUAUCUCGACGAGGGAGACGGUUAUAUCCAGGAAGCACCGCCCCCGCCUUAUCCGUCGCGCGCGCCACCCCCGCAGCCACCGGCCCUGGCCAAGUACCACAUCUACAAUGAUCCUCUGGAGUUCGCUGACAUGGAUCAGAUAGCUAUUUCGGUAGCGCAAGAAGAUCAGAAAACGUUCACCGAUCUGGUGCGACAGUUGGUGAGCAGAUGCGGAUCGGACAUAGAAAAGGCGAGGACAAUAUUCCGGUGGAUCACCGUGAAGAAUCUCAACACUAUGCAGUUCGACGAGAACUUACGAGGCGACACUCCCAUGGGUCUGUUGAGGGGCAUCAAACACGGCACGGAAAGCUAUCACGUUCUAUUCAAGCGAUUGUGCAGUUACGCGGGCUUGCAUUGCGUGGUCAUCAAGGGUUACAGCAAGUCGGCGGGCUACCAGCCGGGCGUUUGCUUCGAGGACAAUCGAUUCCGGAACAGCUGGAACGCCGUUUACGUAGCAGGUGCGUGGCGAUUCGUCCAGUGUAAUUGGGGGGCGCGACACCUCGUCAAUGCCAAAGAGGUCCCCCGUCCCGGCCAGGCGAAGGCGAAGAAUGACAGCCUCAGGUACGAGUACGAUGAUCAUUACUUCCUAACGGAUCCCCGGGAAUUCAUAUACGAGUUCUUCCCGUUGCAAGAGGACUGGCAGUUGCUCAAACAACCGAUCUCGCUCAAAGACUUUGAGGAGCUGCCUUUCGUCCGGUCCCUGUUUUUCAGGUACGGCCUCUACUUUCCGGAUACGAAUACAAAUGCCGUUAUGUACACGGAUUCUACCGGCGCUGCGACCGUAAGGAUAGCGAUGCCGGCGAAUAUGCAAUCAUCCCUUAUCUUUCAUUACAAUCUCAAGUUUUACGACAACGACGGUGACGGCUAUGACGGCGUGUCGCUCAAGCGUUUUGUCAUGCAGUCGGUCGUGGGAAAUAUAGUCGCCUUCCGAGUCCACGCACCCUGCUCCGGGGCCUUUCUUCUAGACAUAUUUGCCAACGCGGUGACGCCGAAGGAAUACUUGACGGGCGAGCCGAUGAAGUUCAAAAGCGUUUGCAAAUUCAAAAUUGCCUGCGAGGAGCUGCAGACGGUGAUGGUGCCGUUGCCGGAUUGCGCCAGCGGUGAAUGGGGCCCCACCAAAGCCACCAGAUUAUUCGGGCUCAUACCCAUCACUCAUCAGGAGGCACUGGUGUUCGCCGGGCGCGAGCUGGAGAUUCAAUUUCGCAUGUCGAGGCCGUUGACGGACUUUAUGGCGACCCUGCACAAGAACGGCAUCGAGGAGAAACGUCUGUCAAAGUACGUGACGCAUUCCAUCGCCGACGACGACGUGGUCACCUUCUCCAUAAGCUUCCCCGAGGAGGGCCAGUACGGCCUGGACGUCUACACCAGGGAAUCCACGGCCUCUCCCGUCGCUCAACAUGACGUCACCGGCGAGAAGCAUCUGCUUACCCACUGCUGCAAAUAUCUCAUCAACUCCAGCAAGAGGAAUUGAGAGAGCAAAGUAUCCUGCGCAGUCUUCUCGGCUUUAUCCGGGAAUUUCCGGGAUGGUGGAAUCCCGUUGCAGGGAUCCGGGAGUUUCAGGGGUUCGUUAAGAAGCCAGGAGACGUGGAAAUAUUCGCGCAAGACGAGACGACGUCAACAAGUUUCACGAUUUCGAGAGUCCUACUCUUGUCUUGUUGCAUCGACAUCUCGUCUUUGCGAAACAACCGUCAAUCUCAAUCGUUAACGAUCAACCAUCGACGCUGUGUCGUGAACCGAGAAAGGGAAAGGAAGGAAGGGUAGCGCGGUAGGGUUAAAGAGACAACGGCGAAAGCGCAGCGACGUUUUACGGUACCACGGUACCACGGUUUUACCAGGUCUUAAGGGGAUCCUUCAACAUAUCUUUUUUAUCAAAAUAUUGCAAUUUUUGGGCAUGUGCCAUUUUUUAUUGUCUACAUAGAAUUAAAAAUCCUUUCCUACGCUUGAAGUAUAGAUGCAAAUGGACACGGGGAAGCUGAUUAUAUACUGAGAAAGAAAAAAAGUAUAAAAUUAUAUAUUUAUUUAUCAACUUCUUAAAUCAACAUGGCGUCUAAAGCUAUCACCUCAUAAAUACAUUAGCCUUGUAUAAAUGUUUUGUAACUUUUAUGCAUGAAACAAUAGCAUACCCAAUAGCGGACUGCAUGAUAAAAACUUGUGGAACUGUGAAAAUUGAGUUUAGUAGUCUAAUUAAUAAAUGGCAUGUGCCCAAAAAUUUCGGUCCGUAUGUACCUGAAAUAUCGGUACAGUAGAGUGGAAAAAGCAGUGCAUCUUCUUUAUAAAAAACGUGAUAGAGAGAGAUACGGGAUGAGGAUUAGAUGAGGGCGUUGUAAUCCUGUAAGAGUUCACCAUUCAAUGAGGGAUCCCCUUAAGGACUACUUUUAGGUCGCGCGCGGAUAAAGACGACACGGCAUGCGAUUCCUGAUGAGCUGACACGCUACCUCGAGUCUAACAAUAGGCUUACGACUUGGAGAUAACCGUUUAAUGUAAAAUUAACUAUGCAGUGUCUCCCUAAAGACGUCUCUCUUUCGAAAGACAUGCCCUCGAGUUGAAAAGGAGAUCCGCGUAUCUAUCCUUCGUAUCUAGGGGAUACGCGAUUUUCCCGUACACCCGGUAUUUCUGGAACGCGAACUUAAAACGAUCGCUUGUAUAUCAUCUAAGUCCUCUCCCCGCUUCUUACGUAACGUAAUCAAAUAAAUUAUUGCGAUCUGCGAUUCCCUCCCGCAAACAAUUUCCAUAAAAGCUCUCUUUUUACACCGAUAUUUAUAUCCUGCUCUAAUUAAAUAAUAAUAAUUAAUUAUAUUACACAUAUUUUAUUCUCAGCACUAUCAUUAUCCUUAAUCGCAGAUUCAGAUUAUGUCAUCCGUGACGUAUAUAUAUAGAAUUGGAUAUAAUAUAUAUAAGCAAAUAUAAUAUAUUUUGCGUACGAAAGAUGCUUUUGUAUAUAUAAUAUACGUAUAUGAUCAUUAUGAUUUCAAGAAAUAUCGUCGGCUGAACUCUCAUGUACUUGAAGAAGUACCCAUCUAAAUUCUUUGCCCGCAGAGAGAUUCUGUAUUCUUUCAUUUCUUUUUAAAUAUACCAUUAUUUUUUUAUUUAUUUUGCGAUCAAAAUCGCAUGCUUUUUUUUAAACUGAUGAAUUUUCAAGUCGUAAUUUUCGAAAUGCACAGGUGCUAUACUUAUUAUUCCUUAUAAUUAUUCGCACAUAAUCGGAAUAAAAGUUAUAUAAUUAUUUAGUAAUAAGAUAUAUAGUAUUCGCAUUUAAGAACAUGAACAGAAAUGUUGUUUGCAAUAGUUAGA